AUGGCAAUGGCUGAUGACGACGAUAACGGUCCUCCAGAUGAGGAAACAUUUGAGGAUGCAAUGCGAAAGGAGGAAGAAAGGAAGUGGAGUACUGACAUGUCUGUCUGGAGGAACCCAUGGCACCUGCCCCCCAACCUUGCUAACUUUUGA